AUGCUAGCAAUGGAGCAGCACAACCAUCAGGAGGAGUCCUGUGUUCCGCCGGGGUUCAGGUUCCACCCCACUGAGGAGGAGCUGGUGGGGUACUACCUGGCCAGGAAGGUGGCCGCCCAGAAGAUCGACCUCGACAUCAUCCAGGAGGUUGAUCUCUACAGGAUCGAGCCUUGGGACCUCCAAGAGAAGUGCGGCGGCGGCAGGAGCGGACGGGGAGCACGUCAGAUGGCGGAGGAGGAGCAGUCGUCGUCAGAGUGGUACUUCUUCAGCUUCAAGGACCGCAAGUACCCCAGCGGCACGCGCACCAACCGUGCCACGGCGGCCGGGUUCUGGAAGGCCACCGGCCGCGACAAGCCGGUGAUGUCGUCGAGGAGCCGAGGGGUCAUUGGCAUGAGGAAAACGCUGGUGUUCUACAGGGGCCGUGCGCCUAAUGGUAGGAAGACCGACUGGAUCAUCCAUGAGUACCGCCUCCAGACAAAUGAGCACGCGCCCACACAGGAGGAAGGUUGGGUGGUGUGCCGGGCGUUCCAGAAGCCAGCGCCGAACCAGAGGCCGUCCUACAUCUUCCCGGCAUACGCUGCAGCUCCAGGCCUCGGGGGCUACUACGACGCGCGGCCAUGGCUGCACGGCCAAGGCGGUGACAUCCAUUACCUGCAGAGCGCCGUGGGAGCUACAGGAGCCGGCGGCCUCGGCUUCCCCGGCCAGGGAAUCCAGUACUCUGACGACGUGCUGGAGUCCAAACAGAGUCUUUUCAACAACAUCCCGCAGCUCAUUGAGAGCCCGCCGAUGACCACCGCCGUUACCGGUGGUGGCGACGUGGGCUAUGACAUCGUGCAGCAGGGACAGGGAGCGGCCGGCAUCGACUGGAACUUCCUGGACAGCCUGCUAUCCACGUCGCAGCUGCACGAAUACUCUGCUACUGCUGCGUCACAGCUGCACCUAGAGCAGUGA